AUGUUUUUGAAGCUGAGAAACAACAAAACAUUAGUUCGUGAUAAAUUUCUUGCGCAAGUAUUGGAAAGGUUAGAGGGCAGUACUUCACCUUGUCCUUGUGAGCAGGCAAUUUUAAGACGAUGCUCACCAAAUCUUUGCCAAAAUGAAAGGAAUUCAACAAUAUUAGUUCCUUUGCCUGAUAUUUACAAGUAUUGCGAACUUCAAAACAAAACCAAUUUUGAAAAUGAUCGAGAAACUGAUAAUAUCGAUGAUAAGAAACUUCCAUUUACUGGAAAUAUUAAUGAACUACAAAAACUGUGUAGUUCUGACGAAACGAUAAUUCAAAAAAACAUUCAGGAUAAUACAUCGCUAAUCUCUGUAGAAAAUGAUGCUGAAAGUGAAGAACAAAAACAAUUCCGAAAUUUGAGCUUUGAAUCAAGAAUUAACGAUGAGGUCAGUGAAGAGAUAUCUGCUACUUCAGCCAAAAAAAGCAACAGAUUAGGAAGUUUUCGAAGAAAGUGUAAAGCUAAAAGUUUACCGUUUUUGAUUUCUAAUGGUUCUCUGAGAAAAGCGUGGAGUCAUACCAAUAGUACGUCUGCAAAACGUGUAAAUAGAAGUCAACGCAUAGAAAAACGUGCAACAAAGACGCUUGGAAUUGUUGUUGGUAUGAAAUAUAUGACUAUGUGUUGUAGUCUUAAAAAUGAACUUUUUAAUACAAUGUGCAAAAAUUACACGCAUAUUUUAUUAGGCGUAUUUCUCGCGUGUUGGGUACCGUUUUUUUCUUUAUAUAUUGUAAGUGCGAUAUGUAUUCAAUUGGAUAUAAAAAGUUGUCAAGCUGAUUUUUACGCAUUUUUCUAUACGACUUGGCUUGGAUACAUUAAUUCUUGUGUCAAUCCAAUUAUUUAUACUAUUUUCAACGUGGAAUUUCGACGUGCUUUCAAAUGCAUUUUACUUUGCAAACUUUCGAAUCGAAAAUACUGA